CCGCGGGAGGAGGAGCGGAGCCGGGAGGAUGGGCCGCCGCUAGGCUCGCAGUGGGAAGCGCCGGCCGAGCGGGGUGGGAGCCGGCGCGGGCACAGGCGAACGGCCCGGGAUCCCGCAGCCCGCAGCCCGCGUGCGCCGAGCUGCUCCGGCGUCCCGAAUUCUGAAGUCUGUUGAGUCAGACAAUGGAUGAACAAUCACAAGGAAUGCAAGGACCACCUGUUCCUCAGUUCCAGCCACAGAAGGCUUUACGACCAGAUAUGGGCUAUAAUACCUUAGCCAACUUCCGGAUAGAAAAGAAAAUUGGUCGUGGACAAUUUAGUGAAGUUUAUAGAGCGUCCUGUCUCUUGGAUGGAGUACCAGUAGCUUUAAAAAAAGUGCAGAUAUUUGAUUUAAUGGAUGCCAAAGCACGUGCUGAUUGUAUCAAAGAAAUAGACCUCCUUAAGCAACUCAACCAUCCAAAUGUAAUUAAAUACUAUGCAUCCUUCAUUGAAGAUAAUGAGCUGAACAUAGUUUUGGAAUUAGCAGAUGCUGGUGACCUCUCCAGGAUGAUAAAGCAUUUUAAGAAGCAGAAGAGGCUAAUUCCUGAAAGAACUGUUUGGAAAUACUUUGUUCAGCUCUGCAGUGCACUGGAACACAUGCAUUCUCGAAGAGUCAUGCACAGAGAUAUAAAACCAGCUAAUGUGUUCAUCACAGCCACUGGGGUGGUCAAACUUGGAGAUCUUGGACUUGGUCGGUUUUUCAGCUCAAAAACCACAGCUGCACAUUCUCUAGUGGGUACACCUUAUUACAUGUCUCCGGAGAGAAUACAUGAAAAUGGAUACAACUUCAAGUCUGACAUCUGGUCUCUUGGCUGUCUGCUCUAUGAGAUGGCCGCGUUGCAGAGCCCUUUCUACGGUGACAAGAUGAAUUUAUACUCUCUGUGUAAGAAGAUAGAGCAGUGUGACUAUCCGCCCCUCCCGUCCGAUCACUAUUCGGAGGAGCUACGACAAUUAGUUAAUAUGUGCAUCAACCCAGAUCCAGAGAAGCGACCAGACAUCACCUAUGUGUAUGACGUAGCGAAGAGGAUGCACGCAUGUACCGCAAGCAGCUAAACUCUACAGGAUCAUCCAGAAGGCAACCAAGAUGACUGCAAAGCAUUUCUGUGCAAAUCAUACCUCCCUGCUUUUUGUCUGGGUGUUACGAUCACUAUUUCGGAGCUAACGUGCUUUGAAUCCUUAACCAGUUUUCAGAUAAGCUUCAUUUUCCACCAGGCUCAUUCACCUUCCAAAUCCAUAACUCAGAGUGCAUUCAGAAUGCAAGUGCAACAGCAAGAGUUUUUAACAGCCUAAGGUUUGGGGAUUGUUUGGAGUUCUCUGCUGAUACAUUGUGUUAUUGAUUGUCAGUGCCAAAUGGUGAAGAGACACAUUGGCACACAUCAGGAGAGACGCGGAACCUAAGCAAAGGACCUGAGCAUUUACUUGUUUGCUUUUAAGUCAUUUUAAGACAUUGCAGUGGACAUAAUUGUGAACUUCUGUGAUUUUUUUAAAGUUUCAAGUACAUGUUUUAGUUCUUAGCAUUAUAGUUUUCAACUAUGAUUCUUAUGAUAAAUGCAGUCAUAAACUAUUUGAGAAACAUUUAAAAUUUUAGUUUAUACAUUCAAAAUGCAACUAUUAAAUGUGAAAAGGAGAGGACAAAAUAUGAGUCAGACACUGAAAGUCUUGUCUUUUAAUGCCUUCGAAAGCCUCUGCAUUUAAAUGGUAUAAAUGAAUCCAUUUUAAAAGUGGUUAAGGACUUGUUUUGCUGGCGUGACAGUUUUUAAAGUUGCACAUUGUCUGAGGCUUUGUGCAUUUUUAUUGUACAUUUGAAGAAUAUUCUUAGAGUAAACUUGCAGUAACUAUAAUUCAAUUUCUUUAUAAAUCUAAGUACAUUUAACUCAUAACUGUACACUGUAAUGUAAGCAUGUGUUCUUAUUCAUAGAUUGUAAUGAAGUUUUGAUCAAUCCUCUUCAGAUUUUUUUAUUCAAAUUACUUUCUUAUUUAUAUUAUGUGCACAUUUUAUCCAUUAAUGUUUCAGAUUUUCUGAGAACAUAAUUCUUUUUAAAAGAUAUUUGGUAUGCCAAAACUUUCCUUGGAUUAAAACUUUUUUUUUAAACUCUCGAGCCACUCUGUGUGCAUGUUUUAUGUUGUUAGAAAGAAAGGAUGUGUGUUACCAUGUGCCUGUGAAUGUCGAUAUUGUUUGACAAGGUUGUAAUUUUAGAAUAUGCUUAAGGACACGAAGAUAGGCCCUUACUGCAGACAGAACUGCUAUGAGAGUGACUUUUCAGUAGAGACGCUUUGGAGGAAAGUACUGUAUUUGUGCAUGGAGCUGACAGACAUGGAGGGGCUCAUUUUAGUUAGGGAAAUGGACAGGUCAGGAAACCCUGCUGUGGAGGCUUGUUUUCCCGUGAAUGUCUUCAUCUUAAUACCAGCCAGUUUCUUUACAGAGUUGUGCAGCCAAAGGACAGAGUGGUAGGCACUGUUGCAGAACACUGUGUGCCAUGGUAGAGCCGUGGGCAGGCUUACCCCGCAGCAGCUCCGUGUUCAGGGAGCGCGUGCUCUGGCAGACAGAACUCCCGGCUUUAUUUUCUCACACAGGAUUGUUCUUAGAGGUAUUUUUCAGGUAGUUUAUGAAUUUUAAAAACAAUGCCUGUCUUCCUAAUUUUAAUUGUCUAUGUAUGCUGUCUUCAGGAUAAUUUCAUCUUGAGUUAGACAAAGGAAACCUGGUUGUUUUUUGUCUUGCAGGCUGACCUGGGUGCACCCAGGUCUUAGUGGCUCCUUAGCCUUUUCCCUGGGCUGGCAUAGAUGAGUCCCCAGAAGUGGGAGGAGAGCUGCUUCUGUUGACCAUCUGUGUGGUGUCCAUGUGAGUUCAGGAUUGACUGAGAUGAAACAGCCCCUUCUUACAACAGUCCUUCGCUUUCCGUCUUUAAAAACACAAGGUUCUGUCGGGCAGUGAUGGCACACUCCUUUAAUCCAGGACUUGUGGGGCAGAGGACAUGGAAUUCUGUACAUUUGAAGCCACCCUGGUCUACAGAGAAUUCCGGGAUAGGUAGGGCUACACAAUACCUGUCUCGGAAUACCAAAAAUAGACAAAUGAAAACACAAGGUUCUAAACUCAACCUUAACCCCUUGUAGUGAUUUUGCUUUAUGAAAUUGUCUCCUAAAAAGAAAGAGCUGGAGAGCUUAAUGGUCAGGGAUGUCUAUUAUAAUUUUCUACAAGAGAAAACUUUCUUUCAAAUACUUUUUUUUAAAAGUCCAAGUGUUCAUAUUUUUCCCCAAAGAAACCAUUGUGUAAAACCAAAUUCAGUGCGCUAUUUGCGAACAGUUAUGGAACUGAUUAGAAUCUAAUCUUAGCAAUCACCUAUAAAAUAUUCUCUUUAUAUUUCUGUUUGUGAGUAAAUUUUAUAUUAAGUCAAAUAUUGGAGUUGAUUUGAGUAAGAGGUCAAAUAAAAGGCACAGCUUAUUUAGACCCAAGGGGGGGGGGGUGUUAACUUUGGUUGGUGUGCUGAGGUGUGGGGUGAAUGAAGGACCCCCUCUGUAGACCUCAGCAAUGUGCAAUGAUUGUAAACUUAGUGAGAUGCUACCUCCACGUCCUGGGCACUCCACUGUUGUCUAGCUUGACCAUUAUAAAACACACCGUCCUUGUAUCUGUAUGUUUCAGGUGUUGCUCUUAGCUUUUUCUGUAUUUAUUAUAACCAAGACGCCGUUAUUCACACGAAAUGUUUAUUCUUCAAAAUGAAUGUAUUGUUCAUAACCCACAAAUGCAUACUCUUUGCUGAUUUCCAUAGUACUGUAAUAUGAAUUUCUUUUGUGAAAUACUUUUUCUUUUGUUAUGCUUUAAAUACACAUGCAAAAAGAUUCUGUUUUUAGCUUCAAAAACUGUACAAUAUCUUAAUAU